AUGCCCCCAAAACCCUACACCCUCCCCCCACUAACCCACCCCUCCUUCAUCGGCACCCCCAAACCCACCUGCCCCGCCCCAUCCCUCAAAAACCCCUCCCAGCGCUGCCGCAACAAACGCUCCUGCGAUCUCCGUCGUGGCGGAGCCAAGCGCGAGGCGGAGAGGGUGGCGCUGCUGAGGGAUGACCUGGUGCUGUGCUGGGAGGUUUUGAGUCGGGAGGAGAGGUGGGGAUUGGCGGAUGGGGUUGCGAAGGGGAGUGUUUGUGGGGUUUGUGAGAGGGGGGGACGGAGGGGGGUUGUGAGGGAGGGGAUUUUGAGGGGGCUUGCGGUGGGUGGCGAGGGUGAUGGGGUGGGAGAUGGAGGCGAGAAGGGAGCUCUUUUGUCGAGUGUUCCUGAGGAAGGUGUCUGCGUCCAGCCAAAGAAGCAUGAGGGUGAAGAGGCUGGCCGAAAAGAAGAACCACGCCAGGAGGAAGCGAUUUCAUCGAAUCCGGUGGAAGACAGCAUCCUCGUUCAGCCCGGGAAGCACGAGGACGAGGAAAUCGACCAAAAGGAAGAAUCCAAAAAGGAAGCGAUCUCAUCGAAUCCGGUUGAAGACAGCGUCGUCUUCAUUCAGCCUGAGGAAGCCGGCCGAGAAGAAGAAUCCAGGAAGGAAGCGAUCUCGUCGAAUGCAGCUGAAGACAGCGUCCUCAUCCUACGAAGAAACCAUGACGACGACCAAAAAGCCAACCGCAACGAUGAACCGGAAGAAGCAAUCCCAGAAAUCUCCCUCGACAACACCAUCGUCCACGAGCAGGAAGACCGAGAAUCCACGCAACCCACCAGACCAGAAGAAGCAGACUCAACCCCCUCAACCCCCCUCGAAGACAGCAUCCUCGUCUACUACCAACAUUCCACCAACUCCCAAGACCCCAGCCCCAGGCCCAACUCCAACUCCAACUCCAGAAACUGGGACCCCAUCUCCUCAACGCCCUCCUCAGCCCGCACAGCCUCCACGCGGCACAACUCCUCCUCGCCACCCACCGACGUCACCCUCAACUCCAGCCCGCCAGACCUCCCACCCGUCAUCAUCGAAGGCACCCUCGCGGAUUUCUGCUUCCAGACCCCACCGCAUGCGCCUUCGACGCCCGUGGAAGUGUUGUGGACGGGGCCGAUUCAUGCGGUUGGGUAUUUUCCGGAGCCGGGGACGCCGUCGAAAGGACCAGCGGGAGAGGAAGAAGAUGUCCCGACGGAGAAGCAGGAUGAGGACUUGUCUUCAACGCUCAAAAUCAGCGUUCUGGAGUUGGAGUCAGAGAACGCCACCCUCCGCGACCAGCUCCAAACCCUCCAUCGAGACCUCGACACCGCAAACCUCAAAACCCGCGCCGCGCGCCUCGAAGCCGAUCGCUGGCGGAAUCUCUACCACGCCCUGAAAGACUGCGUGGGGUGGAUUUUCUCGCGCAACGAAGUCGACUCCCCCGACGAGGAAGAAGACCCCGCCCCCGAGCUCGAGGUCGACGACGAAGGCGCCUCGUGGAGCAGCGAAGCGGAGGAGGUCGACGGGGAGGAGGUGUAUUGGCCGCUGAAGGUGCCUAAGAAGAGGGAGGGUUCUGGGGUGAGGGUGGAUAGUGGGUUGGGAUUGGGGAGUUUGUUUGGUGGGGAGGAGAUGGAUUUGCCGCCGGUGCCGGUGGUGAGGAGGCGGAGACGCACGGCGGGGAUGAUGAGUUUGGGGAGCAUUGUUGAGGUUGAGGAAAGAGAGGAGGAUAUGGGGCUGGUGGGGCAGUGA